AUGCCAGAAACCAAGUUUGACGAAAUCGCAGUCGGUCGUGGUACUGAUCUCGUUACCUUGACGCGUUGGGUGCUUGCUCAGCAACAGUACGUUCCUGAAGCUACUGGUGAUUUGACCUUGUUGUUGACCUCGAUCCAAUUUGGAUGCAAGUUUGUCGCUUCCAAGGUGAAGCAAGCUGGUCUCGUGAACUUGCUUGGUUUGACCGGCACUGCCAAUGUUCAAGGCGAAGACGUUAAAAAGUUGGAUUUGCUCGCCAAUGACAUUUUCCGCAAUGCUCUUAUCUCUUCUGGCAAGGCUUGUGUUUUGGUCUCUGAGGAAGAUGAAAACGCUAUGGUGAUUCAAGAUCACAACCAACGCGGCAAAUACAUUGUCACCUUUGAUCCUUUGGAUGGUUCUUCCAACAUUGAUUGCGGUGUUUCCAUUGGUACUAUCUUUGGUAUUUUCAAGGUGGCCGAUCACGAAAACCCCACUGAGAAGGAUCUCUUGCGUAAUGGUCGUGAGCUUAUUGCUGCUGGCUACUGCAUGUACGGCUCGUACUGUGAAAUGAUCUUGUCUGUUGGUAACGGCGUCAAUGGCUUCACUUUGGAUCCUGCUAUCGGUGAAUUCAUCAUGACACAUCCUGAUAUCAAAUUGCCUCCUCGUGGCAAGAUUUACUCCAUCAACGAGGGUAACUACAAGCACUUUGAUGAACCCAGCCGAAAGUAUGUCGACACGGUCAAGCAAAAGUAUAGCGCACGUUAUGUUGGUUCCAUGGUGUCUGAUAUCCACCGCACACUUUUGUAUGGUGGCAUCUUUGGUUAUCCCGCGGAUGCAAAGUCCAAGCGUGGAAAGCUUCGUAUCCUCUAUGAGGUCUUCCCUAUGGCCUUUUUGAUUGAACAAGCAGGUGGUAAGGCAACUACCGGUACCAUGGAUGCUUUGGAUAUCAUCCCAGAGCAUAUUCACGAUCGAUCGGGUAUCUGGCUCGGCUCCAAGGAAGACGUUGAAGAUGUCGAGGCCUUGUACAAGCAACAGCAACAGCAGUAA